GUUGUUGUUGGCGGCGGUACGCACGGAAAACGACUCGCUGCCGCGUUCGCGUAAUCGCCCCGUUCUCGUUUUUCCACGGUAACGAGCGCGUUCGUCCGCGCACCGCGCAGUAAUAUUCCGGCUGGCGGGGUCCCGUUCCGCAUCUCGUCCGCACGCACGCGAUACGACACAAAAGACUACCACGGACCGCGGACAACGCGACGACGGGCCACCGCAGAAAAGUGACGGGGGAGGGGGAGAAAUAUUAUUAUCUUUAGAACGACGACUACGGCGAUAAUAGUAAUAAUAAUAAUAAUAAUAUUAAUAAUAUUAUUAAUAGUAAUAAUAUUAUUAUAUUAUUAAUAAUCCGUUUUGUUUCGCAGACGACAAUAAUCGGGGUCGGUGUUGAAUUUCCGCGUCGGCCGUGCGUUCUUCGGGUUUAUUUUUAUUCCGUUCGCGUUUCUUUGUCGCUCGCGCACGACGGCGGCAUGAUAGUGCGAUUACCGUCAUCGUCAUCACCGCCGUUGUCGUUGCCGUCAUUCAUCAUUUGCCGUCGCCGUUGUUAUUAAUAUGACCGUGACAAACGCCAUCAUCACCGACGGCCGUGGCGGGUGAUAUCGGUACCGGGCGCGCGCGGACAGCCGACGACGGGAUGUUGAACGGCUCCCGAUUUUCCCGCAAACCGUUUCCACUCGUCCCAUUAACCGGAGCGUAACGGGAUGGAAAUCGAUGGGCCGACCGUGUUCAACGCCGCCGUCGUAACAGCGACAACAGUGCUGGUGGAAUCGUCGUGAUAUCGCAGCCCCGCUGACGGGCCACCGUCCCCUAAGGGCCGACGCUUAAGUAAGUGUUUCGACGAAGUUCGGCUUUUUUUUUCCGGCGGGUGACGGGGGGGUAGGUUUGGUUUGAAGAUCGUUUUGUCGUUCAUUGCAUUCAUUAAUAUCUGUACCCGCUCAUUGUUACCGCGCAGCCUCUUUCGGGUUUCGGGAAAUAAUAUUAUGUAAAACAAUUGAUUUUCGUUUUUCGAUAUUUUAACUUUCCCCCCCCCCCCCCUAUAAACCCAUACUUAACCGGUAGCUCACCCUCGUUUGCUAUUCGGUUAGUCUGACGUCUGAUCUGUCGGUGCUCCUUGGACCGUCGCUUCAUACGCACCACUGUGGUUUCUCCACCAUACUUUUUGAAGCAAUUGCAUAUUCAUGCCAUCUUGAUGUUUUGUGUGACCCACAGAUAUAAGACAUUUCAAUGCCCGAUUAUUGUUUUCCUUUUUUUGUUUUAGGCAUAAGUUAUAUUAUAUUUUUUUAAGAUUGACAAUCAAAUCGAUUUUCUCCUCUUCUGAUACAAAUUGCCUAUGGUCGUUUAGUUAUAUUUAGGUCAGUCAUUAGAAGAAAAAAAAUAUAAUAGUCGCAGGUAUCUCCACCAGAAUUUGUGGUGAAAAUUAUUUAUAGUUCACUUUCAUUUAUUAGUAAUUGGUUUUGAGUACCUACCUAGAAGGUUUUAUUUCUAAGGAGUUACUCGUACAACUAUAGUUACAUAAUAUUUUUAUUGACUUGCCCAUUUACCUAACUUUUUCAUAAUGGUGGUAGGUACAUUAUACGUAGACGACUUACUUAGAUACUUAAUCUUUUUUAAUGUACUUACCUACCAAGAAAAUCAAAUUAAUUCACAAGGCAUAAAAAAAAAAUCCUGUUUAAGUAUCUACUACUUAGGUACCUAUUGUCUGUUGAAAGUUAUAAUUUCAUUUUUGUCUAGCCAUUUUAAAUUAAAUUUUAAGCUUGUCUAAUUAUUGUUACUUAUUUAAAAAGAAGUGAUACUUAAACAUUUGUAACAGAUUAAUAUUAUAAUGUAUUUCAUUAUCACCAUUGAAUCAUUCAGAGAAUCGUCAGUAUAAUCAAUAGUUUAUCAUACAAUUCCUUUAUGAUUUAAUUUGAUUUAUUUAUAUUGUGUGUUUACCUGCUGUGUUUCUUGAUAGUUUUAAUAGUUUUAAGCAUCUAUAAUUACUAUUCCGAAUAAAAAUAAAUAUUAUAUUUUAACUAUAAUAAAAUGUUUGUUCAAGUGUAUAAUGAACAAAUAAUGUAAAUGACUAGUUUUCCACUUGUGUAGAUAUACUGUGUAAACAUUUUAUCCAGUACUUAUUUGUAUUAUUUUAGAAAUAUACAUUUAUAUUUAUUACUCUUGGCACAUGUGGUUUGUAUUUCUUAAAUACCACAUGUUAUUAUUAUCAUAUGGUAAUAAAAAUUGAAAAAAUGAAGUUUCAUUUCAUGCUGUAAACAUCCAGACACCGGCCCAUGUUAUUUUCAUCCAUUUAAACAAGUCCUGAGUUUGUAUAUUUCAAAAAUGUUGUAUUCAUAGAUUUUAAGUUAUAUUAUUGUAUACAUCCUUAAUACUCUCGUUAAUACUGGACGACCAGAAUAAAUCUGGCCUUGUUCAAGCUUAUAAUACUAGGACACUUGGAAAAGUAGCUGCCAAUUGGGUUAAUGGUCAUUCACUUCUUAGCCGUUUGCUAAUAAAUUUGCUGCUGAAAUUCUGGGGUCACUUAAAAGUUGUAUAUUUGUUCACAAACUGGAAACUUUUACAAGAAAGGUUAAAAUAUUAAAAAAUUGAAAUCACUUAGUUGUAUGCCAUGAAAUAAAUUCUAUAACAUAUAAUGUAUUCAUUAAUAAUAAUUUAAAAAAAAAUCUCAUUAAUACUGGUCAUUUUAUACAGAUUUAAUCAUUUAAAACUACCUAUUUGUAUUUGAAGUAUUUUGAAAGUCAAGUUCUUUUCCACAUUAUGUUAUAUUUUAUUCGAUAGUUUUAGUUCAAAUUUUAUGAUUUACUUGUUACAUUAGAGUAGCUAAGUAUUUAAUUUUUUAUUUCUUUUGAAUACAUUAUACUAUAUUUAAAAUAAAAAUAUGUUCCUCGAUGGUGAUAAUAUAAUUGUUACGUAAACCUUGUAGAUACUUUAUGGCUUUAGGUUUGUUUUUUUUUUUUUUUUUUAUGUAAUAAGUAUGGCUUCAAUGUUAUAUUUCCUGUAGGAUUCUGAAAACUACUUCUGGAAAAUAUGUAAACAAAAUUAAUUAUAAUUGGUACCUACCCCUUUUUGAAUAUUAUUCAUUAGGUAUUGUACUUAAAACUAUAACCAAAACUUAAGUUCUCUGCUCUAAGUAAGUACCGUAAACAAAAAUUUUAUCAAAUGGAUUUUCAUUUGUUCAUUUGUAUGAUGUUAAAAAACCAAUUAAUGAAUUCAAACAUUAUGAAAGUGAAAUGUAUUAUUUGAGGCUACCUAUUUGAUAUUUCUUUUCUUGUAAACGAUAUGUUGAAAAUUAUUUUUUAAAUUUUACCUAGGUUGGUAACCUUGUUGGUAGUUAUAAUGUAUCCAUUAUUUUUUUUUUAUUGAACUUAAAAAAUUAAAUUAUUACAACAUACAAUAUAUAUUUUAUUAUUAAAACGUUCAGUUUGUUGUAUUAUAAUAACAGACAUUAAGGCUUAAGUGAGUACUCGAGUUCUAAAUUUAUUAGAGAACAUUUAAUAUGUGUGUUAUUUUUUAAUUGAACUCAUUAUUAUAAUCAACCGUAAUGAUCUGUCUGUAAAACUAUAUUUGCGAUUUUAAUAAAAUUAUUCAACGAGACUGUUAUAUAAUGUAGAAGAACUUACUAUCAGAGACUAGUCUAUUUCAUAUAAUAUCUCGUUCAUCAUGAAUUACUCUAUGUAUAUACAGAGUUUUAAAAAUAAAUAUAUGCAGUUUACAUUUUUUUUUUAAACAUUCUGUAUAACAUGCAGAUUCAAUAUUUAAUAUUUUCAAUAUUAUGAAAGUAAUAAAUUCUGAUAACAUGUUUAUAUUGUUGAUAUUUACAGAAAAAAACUUUACUACUACAAGAUUACCCCCGAAAUGGCUUCUCAAAUCGAUUACCAAUGGUGAGAUUUUUUUAUUAUUAUUUAAUAGGAAAAAAAAAUGUGUUUAAGUAAUUAAAUAAAUAAUUAUAUUUUUUAGGGCGUAUACAAUAAUGGAUUCAUCUCGAGUCUCCACAUUUUUGAUAUCAAUUCUGUUAAUUGUUUAUGGCAGUUUCAGGUUACAUUUUUUACAUUUACUUCCGACUUUUGCAAUAUAUUUAUUUUUAGUCAGGGGUAUAUAGAGUAUUUUGUUUAUUUUAGAUCUUUGAAUAUGGAACAAGAAGCUAGAGAAAGAGAAAAAUUAAAGUAUACCAGUGGAAACUCUGUUUGCAUAACAGAUAUUAGUAAGCGAAAACAAGGUUAACAUUUUUUCAAAUAAUUUCAUUUCAGUAAUUUACAAUGAGUGUCCAUAAAAUGUACAUACAAUUAUUUUAUACACCUGCAACCUUAAAAAAAAAAAAAAAUAUUAAUGAUUAUCUUUUUGUUGGCAAUAGUUAAUAAAAUUAUUAUUUAAACAAUAGGCAAACUAUUUAACAAUAAUAUAAUCUUUUCUUAAAAUAAAACUUUUGUAUUAAGUUUAAAAAAAAAUUAUUAUUAAUAAUGUUGCCAUUCAACAUCUUAUUUUUUAUUCUUUUAAUUUUAUACUAUUACUUGCCAUGAAUUUUGAUAUUAAUAAUUAGUUUUUUAAAAAAAAAAAAUUUGUAUUAUUGAAUUUGUUAAAAUUAAUUACACAUAUAUUUUUUUUUGAUAUUUGAUUAUUAAAAACCUUUUACAAUAAUAAAGUAUCUAAUUUCUAACAAUUAAUUUUCUGGACGCUACGCAUGUAAACUGAUGGUAUUGUUUUAUAAAUUAAGAUUGUAUAAAAUAUAUACUAACAAGUUAAAUGAACUUUUAUUUAUUCAGUAGAUGUCCAAACUUUGGAUACAAUGCAAGCGUUAUGUCUACCGUUAGGAGCAUCAAUAUCGCUGUUGGUCAUGUUUUUUUUCUUUGAUUCCAUGCAAAUGUUAUUUGCUAUAUGUACUGCAAGUAAGUUUUUUUAUUUUUUAUGUUUGAUAUUAAUUGUAUUUAUAAAAAUAAUUCCUUGUACGUCAUGUUCAUAUAGUGUGAUGAUUAUUAUGGUGAAACAAUGAUAAUUUUUAUAUUAUGAAAUAUAAUAAUAUUAAUUAUAUAUAAAGUUGAUAUUUUUAUUAGAAAACUCUUUUGAAAUUUUCCCAUUUUUUAACAUUAGUAAGUCCGCUGUUGAUAAUAUUGUGCUAACACUUUUAUUAUCGAUAACGUUCUACUUGCCUUUUUUCUUUCUUUAACUAUGUACAACCUUUAAUUAAACUUAAGUAAACUUCUAUGUAGUGUUAAUGUAAAUAUUCAUAUUUGACUUAAAUAAAUAAAUAUUGAACUUAUCUAGGUAACUUCAUUAAUGAAUUAUUAUGUGUAUUAAAUUAGGUAGAAAAAUAUACAUGUAUGAAUUUUCAAUUGCCCAAUAUUAAUUUACAAGUUAGGUUGUAAUUAAAUUCUUAAAAUAUUUUAUUAAAUAACUUAAUUUAAUAAAAGCAUAUUGUAUUAAUUCCUUAACAUUUUUGUACCACUUUUAGUUAUUGCUACUGUUGCUUUGGCAUUUCUCCUACUACCCAUGUGUCAGUACAUUAUAAAACCUUGCUCAGACGGAACCAAGUAAAUUUGCAUUUUUAAAAAAAAUGUAUUAAUUUAUACUUACUUUCAUAUACAUUUUUCUUUUCUAGAAUCUCAUUUGGUAUAUGUGGUCGUUUUACAUCAGCAGAAUUACUGUCUCUUUCGAUGGCAUUAUUCAUAGUUUGUAUUUGGGUUCUGACCGGACAUUGGCUAUUAAUGGACGGUAAGUAUUUAUUAUAAUAGUUCUAAAUUAUAUUUCUAUAAGAUUACCUAUUUACUAAAGAUGAUAAUUUGUUUCAAAUAUCUUAGCUAUGGGAAUGGGACUUUGUGUAGCGUUUAUCGCCUUUGUCCGACUUCCCAGUCUAAAAGUGUCCACACUCCUACUGACUGGUUUAUUGAUCUACGAUGUUUUCUGGGUGUUUUUCUCUUCUUACAUAUUCAACACCAAUGUAAUGGUCAAAGUAAGUGUUUAUUUCAACCUCUUAACUUACAUACCUUUAUAUAAUUACACACCAAUUGCUAUAUAAUAGGUUGCGACUAGACAAGCAGAAAACCCUGUUGGAGUAGUGGCCCGAAAAUUACACAUCGGCGGGGUUGCCAAAGAGGCGCCUAGAUUAUCUCUUCCUGGCAAAUUAGUAUUUCCCAGCAUUCACAGUGGACGGUUUUCAAUGCUUGGUCUUGGUGAUAUAGUGAGUUAUAUUGUUCAUUAUUUAUAACAUUUAAUGAUAAUAUAAUAUGUUUAUCAGGUUAUGCCCGGGCUUUUACUAUGUUUUGUAAUGCGUUAUGAUGCAUACAAGAAAUCCCAGCUCUUACAUUUUGGAGAAACCGGUGUUCCACCUCCAAGACAUCUUAGCAGAAUUAGGUUAAGACCGAUAACAAUUUUUUAGAAAAAUAAAUAUAAUUUGAAUAAAUAAAAGAAUAAUUUGUUUACAAUAGUUACUUCCAUUGUUCAUUAAUCGGAUAUUUCUUGGGCCUCGUCACUGCUACAGUAUCUUCAGAAGUAUUUAAAGCUGCCCAACCAGCCUUACUUUAUUUAGUUCCGUUUACACUGUUGCCUCUUUUAACUAUGGCUUACCUAAAGGUAAUAAAUAUUUUCCAGUUUUACUAUUUAAUUAGACAUCAUUAUCAUUUUUAAUGUUUUUUUUUGUCUUUUUAAUUGUGUUUAGGGCGAUUUAAGAAAAAUGUGGAGUGAACCAUUUAUUGCACAACAGCCUUCCAAACAUAUGGAUGUAUAGUCCGGAUUAGCAUUUAUUAAUAUAACAAUGUAAAUUUAUUUUAGAUCAUUUUUGUACGAUUUUCUCCUUUAUUUUUUAUUUUUUUUUUGUGUUAGAUUUAUGUAGGGUACUCAGUUUUAAUCAAAGAAUAUUAAAAAAUAUAGUGUUAGGUAUAUUUAUUCAGAAAAUUUAGUUUUAAUUUCAUAAUAAAUAUUUCAUCUCCGAACAAUUUUUUUAUCAACAUUACAUUUUAUAAUUUUUAUUAAAUUUCAUUUGAUAUAACGAUUCUAAGAUCCUUGCACUUCAUGACAUAUUUGAUGUAAGUAUGUAAUAUUAUUAUGUUUAUACAUUUUGUAAUUGUCAUAAACUUUAUAUUACGAUUGACUUAAUAAUUUUUCGUAUUAGAAGUAAGUGUAGCCGCACAGCAUUAAAAAUAAAACUCGUUUUUAUUUUAUUACUAUUGUUUUCAUAAUAAAAUAGUAUUGACGUUUAUUAAAAAAAUUUGAAUAUACUCCUAAGAUCUGUUAACUAUAUAAUGAAAUUUUAUUAGGAAUAAAAAGUAAACAUUAAGGAUUCAGAAAUAUUAUAUUCGUUUUUUAUUAAUGUUUUUCUACGUAUUAUUUUGCUUUAUUUAAUUUUAUAUUCUCUUUUAUGGAAAAUAUAUAUUUAAGAAAAAAAAAACAGGUGUUUAAAAAUUCCUAUCUAUCUAUUAAUCAUUUGAAAAUAAAUAAGUUUAGAUUUAGCUUAAGUGAAUUAUUAAAUCGUUUUCCGAAAUCUGCAAAUUACCCACGGUAUUAAUUUUUAUUUGGAAUAUUCUUGAAUAAUAUUAUUUUGACUCUACUAGUAUCUUAUUAUCGGAUUACAUAGAUAACAGAAAGUUUACCUAAGACUGAUUUAUUUUAUAUUUUGUAUUUUUUCUUAGUUAUGAGUUAAUUUUUAUUAUAACUAAUUGAGCAAAAUAACCCUAAUUCGUAUUAUCAUCGGACAUGUUUUUAUUACUAAUCUAUGUGUUAAUUUAAGCUUAAUAAUGUCUUAUAAAACAUAUUUGUAAUCAUUUUUUUUUUUUUUGAGAAACUUGUCAUUUAUAUUUUACAAACAGCAUAUACCAUUUGUAUUAUCCCAAAAUGUGGUUUUUAUGAUUUAAUUUUAAUUAGUAUCUUAGGUGUUCCAAUAAAAUAUUAUUCUUGGAACCUCCACCUUCCAAAGUUUUAAGUUAAUUUUUUGUACUAUUGUAAUACUAAUAAGUCAACUAUACUAUACAAAUUAAAUAUAAUAUUAUACACACAUAAUAUUUCCAACAGUCCAGUAUUAUAGCAUACAUUAUUGAUGAAAUUCGAACAAUUAUUAUCGGGGAAACGAAUUCAUUUUAAUCAUAAAAAAAAAAAAAAAAAAAAUUAAAUAUGUAUUCAAUCUGUAAUUUUCCAUGCUCUCCCUGUCUAUUGACAUAUAUAUAUAUAUAUAUCUCCACUUAAGUUAAAUGUAUGCCACUGUUUAUGUACCCUAUCGUGGCUGUGAUGUAUAUAUAUAUAAUUAAAAUAGUUCACUUUCAAUGAUAGCUUAGAGUAUAGUUUAUUAUUAUAUUUUCAUUAUAAAACUAUUAUUAUUAUAAAUAAAUAAUUACUUGUUAGUUAAAAUGUUUAAGCUGAAAAUGUUAUUGGGUUUUUUUUUUUUUUUUUUAAAUAAAAAUAAAUGUCAGCCGUAGCCAAAUUGAGUUAUACAACUAUUUAAUAUGUGAUAAUGUUUAUUCUAGAAUAGAAAUAUUAUAUUUAAUUUUUUACCCAUACAAAAAAAACAAAAAUUGCUCUUGUGACCCCUAAAUUACUUCGAAUUUGUAAGUUUUAUAAGUAUUUUUUUUUUUUUGUUACACUAUAUAUAUAUAUUAAUUAUACAAUAUUAUAUUAAUAAAACUUACGUGAUGUUUUUCUGAAAAUGAAUAUUUUCUGUUUUUAUUAUUACAUUAUUUAUCUAUUAAUUAACAUUAUUAUUUCAUUAAUCUUCAAUUUAAAUUAAACACAAGUCUUUACUCUUUUGUUGCUGGAAAAUAUUGAAAAAACCCA